GUGUGAAAAAGGGUUCAAUCACAACACCAUCUUUAUUACCAACUGUGCGACCCAUGUGCCAUGCCUACCAUUCCCACCACGUUAUCAAAAAUGAUUCCAUGAUACGGUCCAGUGGGGGCAUGUGUACAGAGAAAAUAUGACAAACCCUGCACUUCUUUGUCGGCUGUAGUACCAUUUUCUUCUAUGCGCAUUCGUUGGCUCGGCCAAUAUACAUUUCCCUUUGAUUUCCCUUGAAACCAUCAGCGCAUCAAUUCGUCUUGUUUCAGGGCCAUGGCGCGUCGUUCUAUUGAGACAUUGUUUGCAUUCAAUCCAAUUUUUUUUUGCAUGAACUUAAAGGCAGUGGUUAAAACCGGUUUGCAAUUUCGUCAUUGGACCCAUCGGUCUACGUUGCUGUCACACAGUUGCUACUUUUGCGCUGCAGGUCUGGUGAUGUUAUCUUGUGACUUGAACGCGUUCCAGCUGAAGAGUCGUGUUUUUAUGUCUUUUUGACGUCAGGUAUGCCCUUCCAAGUCUCCUCCAUUGCCAUAACAUAGGUGGGGGGAGGGACAAAGAAGGAAGUUGGGUGGGC